AUGGCUGAUCAAACCACUAGCAUUCAGCUUGGGCGCGAAGUGGAGCGCCUUGUCACGGCCCCAUAUGCACCUUCGCUACAGGAUCUUUACGCCCUGCUCCAAGAUGCAUCACCCGCUUCCAUCAGACUUUGGGCCUUCUGCAAACCCUGUCAGAUCAGCGCUCUCGUAGACGUUCUUGUUGACGGUCUAUCGCGAUCUCGUUUCGCUUUGCCUUCGCUUAGUGCUUUCAUAUCUGUAACAUCUUUUCGGGACUCCCUACUCCAGCGAUACCCUCACCUUCUUGAUCAAUUCCUUGAAAGGUCUACAGAAAAGGACGCUCCCGAGUAUGCCUCAAUAUGCAUUGCAAUUCUCUCGUCCCCUCUGCCGUCGGACUUUCUCCCUCCAGCGCGCUUGGCAUCAUUCCUCACAUCGGUCACCGGCCAAUUAUCCGAAAAUCCGUGCUCACAGAAUAUACUGCCUUUGCAUCGGAUAUCAUAUGGCCUACGGACCUCUCCUCGAGCUUUACUCGAGGUUCCUACCGAAAUCAUGUCAAGCAUCCAGAUUGAACUUACAAAAACUCUACGCAACCUUGCUGACCACAUGGGUAAUCUUCUUUCGCUUGCUACUCUCGCCAAUCUAGCAUUACUGCAGGGAAAAUUGUCUAAUGAAGAGAUUCGAGCUUCUACUCCGAUGUGGUUGCAAAGUGUCAACCAUUUUUUCGGGCCAAAGCGCGGACUCAAGACAAUGGAUCUCGUUGUUCUGAGAGUAAUCCUUGCCUGCUCCGACUCAUGCAGUGACUUAACACCAUCUCAGGCUGCUGAGAGUAUCUGUUUGGCUAUUCAAAUUUGUGAUAGGGUCGAACCUGAACAAAAGGAGGCAUGGAAUUCAGUAAACCAAUCCAAAAUUGCAAAGCUGCGAGAAAAAGUGACGAGAACUGGCAUUGAUCGUGGUGUGCAAAUUCUGGGUGCCACAUUUCUGAGUUCGAUUCUUCCUACCGCAACCUUAUCACCCGAAAUACCUCGACUUGCCCUUGAGGGGGUCUUGUCCGAAGCCAGUGCUGCUGUAUUAAGCGUGCUCCCCAUAGAAUACGUACCAAGACUAGUUUCUGCAGCCGUCGCUUGUUCUCAAGAAUCUGCAGCACAGGAUAUUCUCGACUAUGUCCUCUCUACGCUGCAAAUAUCACGUCCAACCAAGCCAUCUGACUUGCAAAGUCUGCAGAUAGCAGGAUCGCUCAUCACAGGGUUACAGAACGCAGACAUUCGACUAUUCAGGACCUGCAUCUCAGAAGCGAUUCUCCGCCAAUGUAAUGGGGCGAUCAUUCAUUAUUUGAAGGAUUUCCCAAAACUCGCAUCCUCAUCGCAAUGUCAUGACUCCGGCAUAUGCUUCAGUAACCACUCUCGGAUGCAGAACGAGCUAAUCUGUGACUUGUUUGCUUGUAAUCUGUACGCCUCGCUUAUACAAACUUCAAAUACCAGCGAGCCUAAUUGUGCCGAAGUUGGUGCUUUAAGAUUGUUUGUGGAGAAGUCGAAGCGGCUCCUGUGCAGAGACGGAUGCACCUUCUUGAACUCUAAGCCCAUCAACAGUGUCAGGUUUGUUCUGCCGCAUGAAUCUCAUGAAAAUGUGCCAAGUUCGAGGUCCGACUGGAGGGAGGCUAUGAGAGAAACUCUGGCGCUAAAUUCACGUACUACUCAAGAGGAUAUGAUGCGCAAGAUCGAGGAUAUCUGCUAUGAUCUCGAACAGCGCUGUGAUAAUGUCGAAGCACCUCUCAGAGCAGCUGAAAAAGAGCGUGACGAGUGCUCUUGGGAAUUGGAAAAAUUGCGGUCACAGAAUGACGAGCUACAGUCGCAGCUGCACAAGUCUUCUAGCACUAUUGAUGACCUACACCAAGAGAUAUUCCGCUUGGAGCAUCAAUCAGAGGCUGCAUCUAUGCGUGCCGAGGAAUUGGCAGCGAACUUGAAGGCAUUGCAGAAAGAAUUGGCGGAUCACCGGCGCGAGUCCCAAGAGGUGGUCACAAGCGAACGAGAACAAGCCAGGACACGGGAAUUGGAUUUGGUGGCCUCUGUUACUGAGAAAGAUGAUCAGUUGGAAGCCCUCCAGGAAGAGGUCGCCGAGCAAAAGAAAGCGAAUCGCGACCUGCAGGAUAAGCUUGAUGAGGUGUCCAAAAGCAAAGCGACCUGUUUGGAACAUGUUGCUUCCUUGGAACAAGAAGUUGUUAGGCUUGGCCAUAGCCUGCAGCAUUAUCAAAUGCUCGUGACUGAUAAAGAAGAGGAAGCAAAACGGAUCCUAGAUGAGAAGCAGAGCGCCGGUAGGGAGGCGAAAAUGCUACAUGACAAGCUGCAUGAACGAGAAGCCGAAUUAAACAGGGUCCAAGAGACAAUUCAGUUAGCGACUGAAGAACACCUGAGAGAACGAGACAACCUCAGGGAGCAGACCAAGAAGACGGCUGAGGAGAUCGACAAGUGGAGAGAAAAGUAUAGUCGUAUAUGUGCUGCUAAAGACAAAGAGGCUAUCAUCGCUGCGACGGAAGCGAAAGGAAAGAGCAGGCGCAUCGAAUACUUGGAAACAAAGGUAUAUCAACUCAAGGAUGAGCGAGCAGCCAAGGCUCGGGAAUUCUCUGAGGCUCAACAACACAUCGGACGGCUAAUGAAUAUAAUGGGUUUCAAGGCCGAGCCGGAAGUGUCAACAGCAGCAAACCGACACCGACGGACUAGAUCGACUUCCGGGUCUGCUGAACCCGUGGCGAUGCCACAACAAACGCAGCCUCAAGAAGAAGAGGAGGACUUUCAAACCCAGCCAGAAGAGCGUGCAGGGGCCAGAUUCGACAACUAUACGCCGUCCUCUGGAAACUGUAGCCUAAAGAGAUCUCUGGACAGGGCAUUUCCCGAUGCUGACGGGCUUUCUUCACCUCGUACUGUAAAUGGCGGUCAGUUGGUGAAUGCGGGUGGCCGCGAUGCCGCGACGCCAAAACAACAACAACAACAACAACAGAAGAAGCCGCUGGGUGAUGCGGAUCUUAACAGCCAGCCAUCCUCUCAGCAAAGUGUCGGAUCGCAUUACAGCGUGCGAGACUCAAUCGAAAAGAGACCACUGCGCAGAGGCCAGGAUGAGAAUCAUCAUUUACAGCACAUCGACCUUGACAUGGACCUAGAGUUCUCCAAGGACUUUCUGUUUACAAGCACAUCACUGUCCAACUCAAACGACCAUGCGCCACCGUCUGAGACAUAG